GGGGGGUUGUUGCUGCAAACUGAUCCACUCCCUCAACGCGGAGUUUCCCUGGAGGAAAAGAAACCCUUGCAACCCUGUGGCCCCAGGGUUACCCAAUGGCGGGGGUCCGGCCGAACUGCCCCUCGAUUGCCAUGCCCCGCCAUAAUUCUUCCCCGGACCCAAACACCCUUCAUACACAGUAGCAUCAUGAGAAACGCCAACUAGGUGCAAUAUUAUUUCUCUAGGGGCUGACACACAACUCGCUACAAUGCCGCUAAUAACCAUAACCGGCCUCCCCACCUCGGGCAAAACCACCCGCGCACAGCAGCUGCACGCCUACCUCGCCUCACGCAUCGCCGCUUCCCAAACCCCCUCCCAAGAACAAGAACAACAACAGCAACAACAAAAACAACAACAGCCGCCCUACCGCCUCCACCUCAUCUCGGACACGACCCUCUCCAUCCCGCGCACCGUGUACGACCUCUCCCCGGCGCAACUACCAGCACACGUGCGGUCGGCGAACGCGUCGGAGAAGGACGCGCGGGCGGCGGCGUACGCGGCGGUCAAGCGCGCGCUGUCCCCGCGCGACAUCGUCGUGCUCGACGGCCUCAACUACAUCAAGGGCUGGCGCUACCAGCUGUACUGCGAGGCCAAGAAUAUGGCCACGCCGAGCUGCGUGCUGCAGGUGGGUGCGGGGCAGAGGGCGAAGGGGGUGAAUGAGAGAAGGUUGGAGAGGAGGAGGGUGAGGGGGGAAGGGGCGAUGGAAGGGGGGAAGGGGGGAGAGAACAACGCGGAAAAGGAAGGAGAGAACGGGGAAAGGGAAGGAGAGAAUGGGGAAAAGGGAGUUGAGGAUGACAACGGCAGUGUGGACGACGAGGAGCCGUACGAGCCCGCCAGCUGGGAGAACCUCGUCUUCCGCUACGAAGAGCCCAACCCUAUGGCGCGCUGGGACUCGCCGCUGUUUACGCUCAUAUGGGAGGACGACGAGGCGCAGACCAAAGAGGUGUUUGAUAAGAUCUGGGAGGCCAUCGCCGGUGAGAACAGGAAGGUGGUCAAGCCGAACCAGUCGACGGUGCAGCGGGACAAGGACCAUGGCGGCGACUACCUUUACCUGUUGGAACGCGAGACGCAGGAUAUUGUCAAGAAGAUCUUGGAGCGGCAAUCCGAUGAGGGCGGCGGGGAGGUCAGUUUGCCGAGGGUGAACAACGCGAGUGGAGGCAAAGGAGGGGACGAUCUGGUGGUGGAGCUCCCUAUCAAAAAGGUCGGGUUGCCACAGCUACAGAGAUAUCGGCGGGCAUUCGUGGCGCUGAAUCGGGGUGGCAUCGGGCUCGAGGCCGUUGGCAAGGUGGCAGCGGAGCGGUUGCGCGCGAGUUUCGUGGGCUAUCUCAACGAUGCCUUCGAGAAGGAUGGCUGAGGAUAAUACCAACAACGGGACAACAAGCAGAAUUAACCUAGCAUGCCUUACUGGGUGGCUGACAGAAGCUUUGAGCUUGAACACGAAAGAAUGUUGGGGUCAAGGCUAGAAGGCUCGCCGACUAACUCCCUUCGCCGGAGGGAGGUACAAAUUAGUCGGGCAAAACCUCGCGAGGUUGCCGCACACCGGCGAACUCAGGCUGGGCGAGGUAUUCUUAGUCUCG